AAUUGUGCACUUAAAACGAGAUGGCGAAUUCUGAAGAACCAUUCGUCCGCGACGGACGCGUCGCGGGUCGAGUACUAUUAUUUGAUAUUUUUGAAAGUUUGGCCGACUUUGACCGAGCCUAGAAACACAUAUAGCCAAACACCACGGAUUUGGACGUCCCGUCUGUUCCUCUUGACGCACGUUUCGUACGUCGUAAUGCAGGCGCCCGGUGUCCGGGUGGGCCACGCCAUUUUCACGAGCAGGAACUGUGAAUUAAGAAGAAGAAAAAAAGAAAGAAAACGAGAUGGUGGGAAAGAUAUCUUCCUCAGAAAUUUCAGGAUUAUCAGGUACUUGAGAGUUCAAGAGAUAAAGAUUCGAAGAAUUUCGUUCUGAGAACGAACGAGAAAUGAAAAGUAGAAGAAUCGAACUAUAAAGACGAUUAUGUGGAAACUUGACUGCAUAGAAUAUUGAUAGAAUGUUGCAUCUUAGAUGAAUAGUGCUUGUAAUCAGUAGGCCUUAUCUUCAACAAAAAUACAAUCACUGGAUAUCUUGUAGUAAAGUGUAAAGUAAAUCAUAAGAUUAUAAUAAAAAUAUACCACACAGAAGAGAAAAUAUUUACACGGAAACGAGGAAGUUGACAUGGAUAUUCAAACGUUUGUAUUUUUCGAUUUGGAAACAACUGGACUGAUCCAGAAAAAUGUCAUGCCAAGAAUUACAGAGAUUGCUUUAGUCGCUGUCUCGACAGAAUCAAUACGUAAUGGUAAUAAAAAUUGCCUGCCAAGAGUUUUACAUAAAUUGGUACUCCCAGUUAAUCCACAAAAAGUUAUACCAGUACAGGUGCAGCAUAUAACAAAACUAUAUAAUGAGGAUAUGCAGGUAUUGCAACCUUUUAAAAGUGAACUUUAUGAGUUAAUAAUACACUUUUUGCAACGUCUUACACCGCCAAUUUGUUUCGCAGCACAUAACGGCAACAACUUCGAUUAUCCAAUAUUCUUAGAGGAACUCAAAUGUAUCAAUAAGAUACUUAGUGACGAAAUCCUCUGCAUUGAUACAUGGAAAAUGUUCGAAGAUUUCUAUAAGAAAAGAAACUUGGAACGCACAAUAUUUCAAGAUUUGUUGAACGAUGAAUUCAAUGACGCACUCUCCACGAUGGAUAUGGAUGUGGUGACAGAGGAAGAAUCCAAAAUUAUUGCGACGACAUCCACUGUGCGAAUAAUGCUUCCCUGUGACGAUAAAUAUAUUAAAGCCGUAAAUACAAAAGUAGAUAACUGUAACAAUGAUGUUGAUGUCCAAUCGUCGAAGAACCCUAUGCAAGAGGCGAACGAAACAACACCAAAGGCUCAAAAAACGAAGCCAGAAAAUGUCUUCAUGCAGCGACCAGUCAAGAAAAAUAACUUGAAGAAAAGAUUGAAUUUUGAGUUUGAGAGGCCAAGUAGCUUAAAACUUAUUGCCAUUCAUGAACAUAUAGUUGGCAAACACUUUGAAGAUCAUCAUACAGCUGAAGCAGACUGUCUCGCUAUAAUACGCUGCGUUAGUAACAUUACUGAUUUCUUUCUCAAUUGGUCAAACAAUCACGCAAUUCCAUUGAUUUACUGCAAAAAAAAUAUAUAAAAAUCUUAAUUGAUAACAAACA